AAAGAGAAAGUUUAGGACCAUGGAAAAUACCUGAUUUUAGUGCUGAAUCACAACGUUUUAGAGUAGAACUGAGGAAGAAGCAUUACAAUAGGUUUAAAGAAGAUGGAAAGUAUUGCUUAAUUCCUAUGAAAGAUUACAUCAUACUAGACAUUAGACAAACAGUCAAGGCAAAAAAAUUAUAUCCCAAAACUUGGUAUGUUAUACCAAAUAAUAAUUUCACAAUUUUGACAAUUUUAGAAAAAG